AUGAGGCUUUUCGUGAAGUUUUGCUGCGGCGGCCGCAGCGCCACUGCUGCAGCUGCCGAGGCGCAGCAGCAGCAGCAACGGCAGCAGCAGCAAGGUGUUGCCGACAGCAGCAUCUGCUGCUGCGGCACGGGCUGUCGCCCCUUCUCAGCAGCAGCAGCAGCAGCAACUGAUAGCUGCAUCUAUGUAGACGAGCAGCAGCAGCAAACGAUAGGCCAGCUGAAGCAGCAGCUGUUGCGGCUGCUGCAGCGUGGCGCGUUUUGCUGCGAGCCCCCCGCUGCCCACAACAGCAGCAGCAGCAGCAGCAGCAGCUGCUGCAGCAGCAGCAGCAGCAGCAGCAACCUGCUGCAGCUAAGGCUGCAGGGCUUCAUGCUGCUGAAUGAACAGCCCCUUGCAGUGCUGCGCGACGGCGAUGUUGUCACUGCCUGCAUGCACCGCCUCAACAGCCAGCAGCAGCAGCAGCAGCAGCAGCAGCAGCAGCAGCAGCAAGAAGCCGUGGCAAGCAGCAAACGCCCUGGAUCUGAGGCUGGGAGUUCCUCAAAGAGACAAAAACCAGCAGCAGCAGCAGCAGCAGCAGCAGCAGCAGCAGCAGCAGCAGCAUCGGGUGCUGCCAGCGGCGUGGUUCCCAAGAAGGCUGCUGCUGCCCGUAGCCAGGCAGCUCGCAGCAGCAGCAGCAGCAGCAGCAGCGAUGACAGCAGCAGCAGCGAUGACAGCAGCAGCAGCGAUGACGAGGCCCCUCCCCAGCCUCUCCGGGGACCAGCGAAGGCAGCGGGAAGCAAACCAGCAGCAGCAGCAGCAGCAGCAGCAGCAGCAGCAGCAGCAGCAGAAAAGAAGAGCUUUAAUACGAGGCGCCAGGUGCGCCCUGGCCAUGUCAUCUUAGGCAGCAGCAGCAGCAGCAGCAGCGACAGCAGCAGCAGCAGCAGCGACUCGGAGCAGCUCACGCGGAACAUCUGGCAGCCGCAGCAGCAGAAGCAGCAGAAGCAGCAGAAGCAGCAGCAGCAGCAGCGGCAGCAAAACGAGCGACAGCAGCAGCGCCUGGGGCCGGGGCCUCUUCCUUUGCCUCUGCAGCGCCUCCAGCAACAGAAGCAGCAGCAGCAGCAGCAGCAGCAGCAGCAACAGCAGAGGCAGCAGCAGCAACAAGAGCGGCAGCAGCAACAGCAGCAGCACCGGCAGCAACAGGAACACUCAGGCAGCAGCAGGAAAGCAGCCUCUGAGUGUGGCACUGCAGCAGCAGCAGCAGCGAAGCCAGCAGCCGCAGCAGCAGCAGAAGGAAAAGAAACAGCAGCAGCAGCAGCAGCAGCAGCAGCAGCAGCAGCAGCGGUGCCAGCAGCAGCAGAAUUCUGCGAGUGGGAGGGGCCCCUUGCUGCUGCUCUCGAGGGCAAAUGGCUGCAGGCGCAGCUGCUGCUGCUGCAGCAGGGGGUGCCGCAGCUGUCGCAGCAGCAAAUCUUCCGCGUGCUGCAGGUGGAUCUGCAGCGCAGCCGUUUGCUGCUGCAGCCAGCAGCAGCAGCAGCAGCAGCAGCAGCAGCAGCACGGGGACCAAGGGGGGGCAGGGAGAGGCAGCAGCAGCAGCAGCAGCGCCGGUGGAGAGACUGGGCAGAACUCACAGCAAUUCGGCUGCUUCCGCAGGACAAAGAAGCCCUGCAGCAGGAGAGGCAGCAGCAGCAGGGGAGGCAGCAACAGCAGCAGCAGCAAAUGGCUUUGCCGGUGCCAAGGCUGGCGAGAAGCAGAGCAGCAGCAGCUCCGCUGCAGCAGCAGCAGCAGCAGAGUCUGCGAAGGCAGCAGCAGGAGCAGCAGCAACCGAAGCAAACAGCACAGGGGGGCAGUCGCCUGCUGCUGCACAUAGAUGGCAAGGGGGGCCCCCAGCAGCAGCUGCUGCUGACUACGGGGCCCCUGGGUACUAUGCAGCUGCCGGGGAGCGAAGUUUGGCUGCAGCAGCAGCAGCACCAGCAGCAGUGGAGCGCCGCUGUGCUGCAGCAGCAGCAGCAGCAGCAGCAGCAGCAGGGGCAGCAGCAGCAAGGGGGAGCUGCAGGGGACGCGCGGGAGGCCGCAGCAGCAGCAGCAGCUGCGGCUGCAGCAGGCGCUGCUGCUGCUGAGGCGCUGCCGCUGGCUGCCUGCGAAGAGCUGCUGCCAGCAGAACUUGCUGCUGCAGCAAAGCGGCUGCUGCAGCAGCAGCUGCUGCUGCUGCGUGCUGCAGUGCGGCGGCAAGUUGACUGGUACUUUUCCCCCAGCAACUGGGAGCGGGACAGCUACCUGCGGGAGCAGGCGCAGCCCUUCCCAGCAGCAGCAGCGCAGCAGCAGCAGCAGCAGCAGCAGCAGCAGCAGCAGCAGCAGCAGCAGCAGCAGCAGCAGCAGGCCGUGCCGCUGCAGCUCGUGCUGCAGUUCCCGCGGCUGCAGCAGCUAACAGCAGAUGCUGCCUUCGUCGCUUUUUGCCUCCGCGGCGGCCUUCGCCACGUCCGCCUCGCCGGCCCCCGAGACGAACUCCUCCUCAGAAUCCCCCACAGCUAG